AUGGCAGAGCAGUUUGAAAAACGCUUGGAACAGUGGGAAAAGGAUGAUCAACAGUUUGUUAGCACUGCAGCAGAGAACCAUCUAAUGCAAAAAGUUUUGGCAAAUAGUUCAGUAACCCUGGUUGGGAAUUCUGGCACUGGAAAAAGUUUUCUUUCUAAACACGUUGCCCUUAUGAUGACGAAACAUGGCUAUACUGUUAUUCCAUGCAGUAAACCAGAAGAUAUUGGAAAAUGGUUUAAACAUGGGCGGAAAACAUUGUUUGUCUUUGAUGAUGUCUGUGGCAGAUAUACUCUUAAUCAACAAAUUUACACUGACUGGAAACAAAGUCUUGAUCACAUUAAAUCUCUUCUCGUAGACAAAUGUUGUAAAAUCAUCUCUACAUGUAGAUUGGAGGUUUACAAAGAUGAACUAUUCAACAAUCUCUCUAUUUUCAAAAUUUGUAACAUCAAAUUAAGUUCAAAAGAAUUCAAACUUAGUGCUGCUGAAAAAAUUGCUUUAGCUGAAGUGUACUUUAAAGAAAAUACUGAUGAAGUAAAGGAAUUGUCCGAAAAAUAUGACUUUUUCCCGCUUUUAUGUAGCUUAUAUCAUAAACAGAACCUUCAGAAGAAUGUAAGCGUUACCUCUUUUUUUAGCAAUCCUUUUGAAGUUUUCAAAGAUCAACUUGUACAAAUGUAUGGAGAAAAUGAUGCUGGUAAGAUGCAUUAUUGUAGCUUAGUCCUGUGUGUAAUGUUCAACAACACAUUAACAGAAGAAAACUUGUCACCAAAAGAUAAGAAGAUAGGAGCAAUGAUAGAAGAUUUACUAGAAGAAUGUGAACUGAAUAAAGGAACAUCCAUCAAACGAUUAAAGAAAUCCCUGGAAACACUUGAUGGUACUUAUGUGGUCAAGGAGGGUACUACAUACAAAAUAAUCCAUGAUAAGUUGUUUGAUUUCCUUGCCAAAUACUUCGGGGAGAAGAUGUUACAGAUUUUCAUUGAUCAUGCUAAUACUGAUUUCAUUGAGGAGAGAUUUCUUUGGAAGAUCACAGAUAACAUGGGCACAGAAAUAGAGUUUGUAAUAAGAAUACCUGAUAAUUAUAUAAAUAGAUAUAUAGAUAGGUUACUGACAGACUGGGAGAUUGGUUUUGUAUACAGUGUAUGUCUUAACAGAAACAUGAAUUCUACAACAUUUACUGAAAAUUUCAUAACACGUUUAAACCAACUUGAUCUACCAAAGCAACAAGACCUUGUUUGUACUAAAGAAAUUCACAGUAAAGAUAUAGCACUAGGUGGAAGUUGUUAUAUGGGUACUAUUGAACUUGUCAAAUGGUUGAUCAGUAGGAAUAGUGAUGUUAAUUAUUGUACAGUGGAUGGUUGGUUUCCUUUAUUAUUGGCAAGUCAGGAAGGACAUAAUGAUGUUGUAAUAGAACUGUUACAACAUUCAGGUGAUGUUAAUAAAUGUAACAAUAAUGGUACAUCACCUCUGUCUAUAGCAAGUCAGAAUGGACAUGUUGAUGUUGUUAAAGAACUGAUACAACAUUCAGCUGAUGUCAAUAAGUGUGACAAUGAUGCUGAUGUCAAUAAGUGUAACAAUGAUGGUAUAUCACCUCUGUCUAUAGCAAGUCAGAAAGGACAUGUUGAUGUUGUGAAAGAACUGUUACAACAUUCAGCUGAUGUCAAUAAGUGCGACACUGAUGGUAUAUCACCUCUGAUAGAGGUUGUACGUGUACUUCUUCAGUGUCAUGAUGUUGAUAUUGAUCUCUGUGAUGAUGAUGGAUGUUCCUCACUUUAUUGGGCAAGUCAGAAAGUACAUGAUGAUGUUGUUUAA